UCGACUUUAGUUGAAGUUAGACUCGAGAUAUAUUCUGGAUAUCAGGUACUUCUGGUUCUUGGCACGAUAAACACCGAAGACUCAACGCCCUUCGACCCUACUAUAUAAUCAGGUUCGGCAACUAGCUCGACGAUCCAAUUCGCGCUUGGACUUUUGGUACAUGUCUGAAUAUGUCUCAUACAACAAUACCAAAUUUAAAUACGCUGCGUCGCGGUCAACGCGGCAGAGGCAGGGGCCGUGGCCACCCAGCGGCACACUCGGGCGGAGAGGGGCAUUCGGGACGCCAGCGACAAGACGAUAUCGUCCAAAGCACCGACAACGACGCGGCUACCUCUCGUUUGAGCGCCGUGGAAGCUGGAUAUCUUGAAGACCCCUUUGCCAGACUGUUGCAUUCGGACGAACAGGUCCCCAGGCGGCUGCCUCUGAUGAAUCGAGGCACAUAUCUACGCACCGCAUCCAUUGAUCGCAUUGUGGACACGUUUUUAUCAUCUACAGGCCGCGAACGCAAGCAGAUCCUCUCGCUAGGUGCCGGCAGUGAUACCAGAUACUUCCGCUUGAAGCAGAAACGGAAGAUGCCGGGCAGCAUUGUCUACCAUGAAAUUGAUUUCGCACCCAACACUCAAAGAAAGAUCGCUCAACUACGCAGUCCUCCUUUUGCAGAGGCCGCUAAGGCCCUGGCAGGUGUCGACUUGCAUUCGCCCGAUGUGCAGCUCUCAGAGGACGGCGCAAGAUUAAAGUCCUCGGAAUACACCAUCCAUGCCCUAGACCUCCGGCAACUUCCUCGAGCCGACGUUGAUUUGCCAGGAGUGGAUAAAGACCUACCGACUCUCAUCAUAUCAGAAUGCUGUCUCAUUUACCUUUCGCCCGAGGAGGCCGACGCUGUAUUGCGACAUUUGAGCCAACUUUUCCCAUCCACCACGCCUCUGGCAAUUGUCAUAUAUGAGCCCAUUCGCCCACAUGACUCGUUCGGCAGGACCAUGGUCAGCAAUCUCAUGAGCAGGGGCAUACAGCUACAAACCCUUGAAAAGUACUCGGGACUCGAGGAACAGAGGGAACGAUUGAGGGCCCACGGGUUUAAUGGAGAUGACAAAGUCGGCUCAGGGGCCGAAGCGGUGGAUAUCGACUUCAUCUGGCAACAUUGGACCACGACGGAGGAGAAGGAACGGGUGGAUGGACUGGAAUGGAUGGAUGAGGUUGAAGAGUUCGUCCUCCUCGCGAAGCAUUACUGUGUAAGCUGGGGCUGGCGCGGGUAUGGCGAAGGUUCAUGCUGGAGGGAGCUGCCCACCUCGAGUGAGAAGCAAUAAAAACAGUGUAUACAGUGGUACUGUUUCAGCCGUGCCUGCAAUCAAAGCUGGUGAGCAACACGCUCAAGCCGGCACGAUUCCGGCAGUUUUUCGGGACUGCAGUCCUAUGCAUUAGCAUUGACACCCCGUUCACGAGUCAACUUCUAUGCCACCCGCAUUAUACAGGAGUAGUACCGU